AUGUCUUUUCACACUAACACUGCAAGUUUUGUUGAGCGUGUACUUAACGGUGUUAUUUCCGCCGAUAACUCUGGCAGCACUACUCCCAAAGUCGAUAAAGGCUGGACAUCUAACGUGAAGAUGGUGGUAAUGGGUGCCGAGAAAAGGAAUUUAACGAAGGUUUAAACGUAAAAGGGAAAUUAAUGAAACUUGCUGUCACCACAAAGAGGAUACUGAUGGUCGUGAUGUUAGUGGCGAUGCUAGCUGCUGUUUCAUACUAUGGCUAUAAGGGACUCUUGUGGCUUUCAGAUUGGAUGAAUGAAGUCGAAGAACAAAGACAAAAGUCUAGAAGAUACCCUCGAAUCUAACUGGUUUUGAGAGUUGUUCCUUCUCAAGCUUUUAGCCUGAUAUUGGUCAGUGACAACACAGUU